AUGGGGGUAAGAAGGAUACUAGUGGAUAGUGGGAUCUCAGUCGAAGUACUCUUCCACGACACGUUCAAGAGGAUGGAGUUGUCAGAUGAUAUACUCGUCCCAUCGACAUAUCGUAUCUACGGUUUUAAUGGGACCGUGACCAUCCCAAAGGGAGAAGUAACCCUAAGGGUAUCGGACGGAGGUGGUUACCCAGAUACGUUAAUUACAUUCGGUGUGGUCGAUCUCGCCUCGCCUUAUGAAUCUAUUAUCAGGAGACCGUGGAUCGCGGGAAUCAAAGGAGUGGCAUCGACUUAUCAUCAGAGGCUACGAUUCCCAACGUACAAGGGGAUAGCUGAGGUCGUAGGAGAUUCACAGGCAGCCCGACAGUGCAUGCAGGUCGAUGCCAAAAUAAAUGAGGAGCGGCGAGCACGACAAAGGAGUGAGAAGAACAAGGCUAAAGAAACCAAAGCCGCAGAGGAACUGGAAAGAAUUAUUCCGCAGUCGGUCAUGACAUACGAAACACAAGGAAACGAGCCUUCAUAG